AUGGAAAAUAUCAAGGAAGUUAUUUCUAAAGCUAAUUAUUUGAAAAGCCGUAAUCAGCAAGACGAAGCCUUAGAAGUCCUCGAAGAAGCUUUCAAUCGAUUUAGAAGUUCUCACUAUGAAACAUGGGAAAUUGCGAAACUUCUUGCUGAGAUGUACUUAACCAAUUCCGAACUAUUCGACCAAUCAGGACUGGUAGCUCCUGCAUUUGAGCAGCUUCAAAAAGCGUUAAAAAUUACUAAUCCAAGCCCUCUUCAGCGAUGAAAAGAGCGCAUUGAUUGGCAACUUCUAACUUGCCUAUAAGCAGAAAUUAUUAUUUAAUUAUUUUAGACAGUCUAAUAUCAAUUAAAUUAAGCAAAAAAAUUCCUCAUUCAUAGAGGGAAGUAAGAAUCAGCAUCUACACCACCUUAGCCGAACAUUAUAGAAGGUAUCUUUCAAGUAGAGAAUUGGUGAUCUACCAAACGAAGCAAAAAUGUGACAGAGCUCAAUCAAAAUAG